AUGGUGCUAUUUCUGGCUAUGUUACCUGUAAUUUUGGCGGAAUCAUUUUGGAUGACCACCGAGCUUUUACGAGUGGAUUGGAAGGAGGGAUGUUUAACUACCGCUGGUUGCUCUCAUCCGAGAUUCAAGGAUGCUUCACGUCCGUUUGUUACCCAUUGGGUGAAGGGCAUCCCAGAGGAUCUGGCAGUCUCAUGUCAAGUGGUCGGAACUGACCCAAUUUAUGGUUUCCCAAGAAUUUGCGAUCAAACUGCCUCGAUCUGUGUCUUUGAAGACAGACCAUUUGGUCGGAGUCGACGACAUCAAGUCACAACUACGAUUACUGUGCCGGAAGAGGAAAUGGGCAAAAAGCUGGUUGAGAUACGAGCCAAAUGCUUCAACGUCACUUUGGCUGUUCAGAAGCACACGGAGAAAUGUCCAUGGUGCUCUGAUCCAAAAGAUGUGACGGUCUUUGAGCAAAAGCUGCCCGAAGACGUCCCGUCAGCGGAUCCGGCUUCGGUAUUUAUGCGGUUGUUAGGAGACGACACCAUCAUGCCUCUAUCCAUGCUGGUCCUGGCAGUGAUUGCUGUUAUAUCACCGCUUGGCAUCGCUUGUGUCCUCGUAGCUUUCCUGCGUCUGAAAAGAUCCAAUCGCCAAUUUUCUUCAAAAUCAGUCUCUCAACCCCCUUCUCGGUCGAAUCUGGUAAAAAUACCAAUUAGGAAACGUAGCAUCCACUAUGUCAUAAGCUCAAGGAGUACAAAUCCACCAAUUUGCUACAGAAGUUAA